AAGGUUUCUUCUCCUCAUCAACAAUGGCCUCACUCUACAUUCUUCUUCUCUCUCUACUCUCACUCCUCUUCCUCCCCAUUCUAUCAUCUCCCACCACCAGCAGCAUCAUCAUCCCCCUGAAACACAACUCCCCCUCCUCCCCAUCUCAAUCCCCUUACCAAAAACUCAACUACUUAGCCUCAUUGUCCCAACACCGGGCCCACCACCUCAAAACCCCCAAAAUCCACCCUGUCUCCGACACCCCCCUCUUCCCACGCAGCUACGGCGGCUACUCCAUCUCACUCAACAUCGGAACCCCCUCCCAGACAAUCCCUUUUGUCAUGGACACCGGAAGCGACUUCGUCUGGCUCCCAUGCACGCGCAAGUACACUUGCCGGAAUUGCACUUUUCCGGCGACUCAGCCGCCGCCGACAUUCAUACCUAAACAGUCUUCAACUUCGAGAGUCUUGGGGUGUUUGAAUAAGAAAUGUGGGUGGGUUCAUAAUAAUCCUGACGUGCACUCAAGAUGUGCUGAUUGCUCCACUGGGGUCAAAAAUUGUACACAGAUCUGUCCGCCGUAUUUGAUUGUGUACGGCUCCGGCUCGACGGGCGGGAUUAGCAUUGUGGAUAAUUUGAACUUGCCGGGGAAGAGAGUGCCGGAUUUUCUGCUGGGGUGCUCGUUGUUUUCUUCCCGUCAACCUGCCGGAAUUGCUGGCUUUGGUCGUGGGCCCACGUCCUUGCCUAAUCAAUUGGGUCUCAAGAAAUUCUCAUACUGUCUACUGUCACACAAGUUUGAUGACUCCCCGGAAAGCAGCUCAUUAGUACUUUACACUGGCAAAGAUUCCGACACAAAGACGAGCAAAUUAAGCUACACACCAAUGCUCAAACUCCCAGAAAUUCAAGACAAACAAACGUUCUCCACAUUUUCAGUUUACUACUACAUCGGGCUACGAAGGAUCACGGUGGGUGGCAAGAAAAUAAAGAUUCCAUUCAAGUAUCUGACUCCAGGACCUACUGGCGAUGGAGGUACAAUAGUUGAUUCAGGAUCCACAUUUACAUUUCUCACAAAGAAUGUACAUGAUCUUGUUGUUAGUGCAUUGAUAGAACAAGUUAAGUAUAAAAGGGCAAAAUUUGUCGAGUCGGUUGCGGGGUUAAGACCUUGUUUUAAUAUUUCUGGCUACAAAACUGUGAAUUUCCCGGAAAUGAAGUUUUAUUUUAAGGGGGGAGCAGAAAUGUUAUUGCCAACAGCGAAUUAUUUUUCGUUUGUUAGUGAUGAUAUGGAGGCGGUGUGUUUAACAAUGGUGACCGAUGAGGCGGGAGAUAGUGGAGGUCCAGCUAUAAUUUUGGGAAAUUAUCAGUUGCAGAAUUUCUAUACAGAGUAUGAUUUGGGGAAUGAAAGGUUUGGAUUUAGGCAGCAGUUGUGUUUAUGAUAUAGUAAAGGAGGAUGAGCAAGAACAAGUGCAUUGUAAAACAAUAAAUCUUGCCUACGUUUGUAACUUUUUAGCUUUCACUGUAACUCUAUUCUUUGGAUGUAAGUGUAUGUUUCAAGUAUUUUUGUUAAUUUAGAAGAUAAUAAUAUUGCUUUUUAUCC